AGUUAUCAAACACUCUUCUGUAGUCGUGAGCUGGAAAAGCCGCAGCGCAGCACAUCUCCAACUUUCUUCGAAGCAAAAUACAUUUUUAGAUAUUUCUUCUUCAAGUUUUACAACUUUUCACUUUAUAUAUAUGCAGCACUCGAUGUCUAUUUGUUGUAAUUUAACGCUGUUUCGUUAUUCUUUAUUUUACUUUAUUUUAUCGGCUUGAACAGACUCGAAGGGGCCGUUCACUCCGAACGUGUUUUUCUGUUUUUAAUAGUUUUUCUAUGUAAUCAUGCGCUAGACUGACGUCUUUGACCGUGGUGCCGCGUCUCGCUGAUUUUCAGCGUCUCGCACUGAAGCCCCGCGUUUUGUAGACGUCGUUUCAAGUUUAAAAGAACUUAAACUGUUAAAACGCGUCUCUAGACACCUGCGUUUUGCUUUAUUUGUGGCGCUGCGUCUAGCUUUUUCGUUUUUGUUUUUUAGCACAAAGACGUGUUCGGUCUGAACGGUCCCUUAAAGUAGGUAGGCUACUUCAACUGUUCAAAACGCGUCUCGAGACACCUUCGUUUUACUCUAGGCUGUAGUUUUUAUUUUAUUUUUCCAGCGCAAGGACGCGUUCGGUGUGUCAAUUAUAGCCUACGACAAACAAGCAUGAAAGGACGGAUCAUUCUUUAAAUAAUUGUAAUUUCCUCUCUCCCAGCGUUUCGAUUUCCAAUUCCAGCGUUUCGAUUCUCAAGGAUACGUUCGCACCAUUUCUCCCUCAUUUCUUUAAGCCAACUUUGCGAUGAACGUCAACGCCUGAAUUGCUGGAGGCUAUGAGAGCGUAAUGAGUAAUUCGACUGGAGAACUGAGACUAAAAACGGACUGACUUUGAUGGCUUCGUCCUUUAGAAAGAGGAAUAGACGGAGGGAUGCAUGGGUGACGAUGUCCUCAACUUUCUGGCUUGUAUUGCUGUUGACCGGUCUGUUGAUCCUGUACUGCGGUCAGUUGGUGGCAGGUACUUGUGAAAUUGUGACCCUGGACAGGGACAGCAGUCAACCAAGGAGGACCAUCGCCCGGCAGACAGCCAGAUGUGCCUGCAGGAAGGGCCAGAUUGCUGGCACUACCAGAGCUAGUCCAGCAUGUGUCGAUGUGCAUAUUGUGAGGAACAGACAGUGGUGUGAGAUGAUGCCUUGUUUGGACGAUGAAGGCUGUGACCUGCUGGUAAACAGAACAGGCUGGACGUGUGCACAACCGGGAGGCAAAGUGAAAACUACCACAGUAUCCUGACGCCAGUGGGGGCUGAUUUUCCCAAGAGAGGUGCCACAUUUGGGAGCACCUCUUCAUUCUCCAAAGCAACAGCGGGGUGGGGGAGGGGAGCAUUCAUCAUAGUCAUGUUAGCCCUGUCUGUUAGUCUCUCCAUUUAUCCUUCAGUCUCAUAAGAUAAGGGGUGAGGACCUCUAGAUACGGAGCUUAGAUGGGCCACAAGGCAUGGACCCCGCCCCACCCCACCCCCAUGCUGUCAAUCAAGUUGGUAGCAUCACUCCAUCGGAACUGGCAGAUGAUUUGUUUGCCAAUGCCGAAAUAUUGCCGGACACAAAAUAGUUUAUGAAUCAAACCUGCUUUGGAUUAAGCAACGUGUGAGGAUCUAUCGAAAUUUUACAGACCAAAGAAAUAUGGAAAAACUAUUUUUGUGGAAAGAUUUUCAGUACAAAUCAGCAGCUUCUGCUUUGAAAAACGCAAGUUACAAUGCACACUUACCUGAACUUUGUAAGGAGUUUUUCCAUUUGAGCACACUGAAAUGGACAACAAAGACAUUUACAAUAAAACUGAGUUCUCUGUCGACUCUUCUUUGAUUGAAGAUCUGCUGCCAUUGUUGUGAAAUGAACUGAUAUCAGCUAGGAUUUGGAAACGGAGUUGAGCAUGGCAGGUGAUCUAUAAAACAGAAUGUUAUCCAUCUGACCCGAAGAGACUCUAGCAGAGACUGGAAAAGACUUAUGCUUUGGGAGAGACUGUCCUAUGUAUUUUCAGAGUCAUAAAGUUAUAUAUAUUUAACAGUUUUGUAUGAUGUGUCUUUGUAGCGAACCUUAUUUAACACUGACAGUGUGAUCCUAUUCAUAAAGGGUGGCUGGAAAAACAUAAUGUCCUGGGAAGUUAUUUACUUGUUGCUUUCAUCGCAAAUGAUAAUAGUUAAUGACAAGGAAAUAUGAAAAUGUAAGUGCAUUUGUGAGUAAACUUGUUUUUGUAACACCGUUACAAUAUAGUACGCACAUAAAAAUUAACUGUAAUCCACCUUGACAAGGUUAUAUACAUCAGUAUAUGGCUAUGGGUCAAAUGUGUUUUACCGCAGUGAUUGUACACUGGAAAAUUCAUCUUAUAAAAACUGUUUAUGUGUCAGUCCUUCUGUGAUAUCUGUCAUAUCGAGACGGUCGCCCCAUUAAGAUAAUGGCCCUUAUGAGAUAAUGGACCGUCCGCCGCAGAAAGCCCUGUGUCCUGCGUAGUUUCUCUUAGACCAUUACUCUGCCCUUGUUGGCCCGUCUCCUCCUCUUCUCUCAGCGCCAGGUCUGUGGAGGAAUGCUGCUGUCAGCCAGGCUUCAAGCUUCAUUUAACAUCACUAACAGCCUGCAUUACACACAGCGUCUCUCAGCUACAGCCGCAGUGCCCCCCAAUAACACCCACCCAUACA